AUGGGACGAAGCAAGCUCAGAGUUGCGCUGGCCGCCGAGAAGGGCACCGACUUCAAGAAGCUCAAGGAAAAAAAGAAGUACAAGGCCAACCUCAAGGAGAAGGCCAAGAAGGCUGCUCAUCGUGAAGAGGAGGGGGCUGAUGAGGAUGACGAAGACAAGGAGGAUGACGAGGAGGACGAGGCGGAGGACGAGGAGCGCGGUGCUCUGAUUGACGACGAAGCGUCAGAGAGCGACGGCGACGAAGAGGACGAGGAGGACGAGGAGCUGGGUGCUGACUUUAUUGCCGCCAUGAACGACUCUGACGACUCCGACUCCGAGGUCGAGAUGGAGGAAAAGAUUGCACGGCCGAAGACGGCCGACAAGGACGCGAAGACAAAGAAGACCAAGACGACCAAGGCGGCCGUCGCCGACGACAACAACGACGAAGAGGACGACGAAAACGAGCUUGCCUGGUCCGACGUCGACGAGGAGGAGCGGGCCGGCCUCGUUGUCCGCCAGCGCCGGACCAUCAACAACACCGCCGCCCUUACCGCCUCGCUCCGCCGCAUCCGCAUGUUCGCCCCCACCGACACCUCCGUCCCCUUCCAGCUGCACCAGAGCGUCACGUCUGCGGUGCCCACCACCAGCCACCCCGACGGCACGCCCAUGGACGUGUCCGACGACAAGGUCCGCGAGCAGGCGCUGUACGCCCAGAGUCUGGCGGCCGCUGUGGAGGCCCGCCGCCGCCUGCGCAAGGAGGGCGUUCCCUUCUCGCGCCCCACCGACUACUUUGCCGAGAUGCUCAAGGACGACGGCCACAUGGCACAGGUCAAGGCGAAGCUGGUGGAGGCGGCGACGGCGCAAAAGGCGUCCGCCGAGGCCCGCAAGCAGCGCGACCUGAAGAAGUUUGGCAAGAAGGUGCAGGUCGAGAAGAUGCAGGAGCGCGCCAAGGAGAAGAAGGAGACGCUGGAGAAGAUUAAGAGUCUGAAGAGAAAACGCUCUGAAUUCGGCACAGCGAGCACACACGAAUCGGACGCCUUUGACGUGGCCAUUGACAAGGAGCUGUCUGCCGGCGCCGGCCGCGGCGCCAAGGGCGGUGCUCGUGGCGGUGCUGCGGGCGGCGGUGUCAACGCCAAGCGCCAGAAGAAGAAUGAAAAGUACGGUUUUGGUGGCAAGAAGCGCCACGCCAAGUCGGGCGAUGCCCUGUCGUCGGGCGACCUGAGCGGGUUCAACGCCCGGAAGAUGAAGGCCGGAGGCAAACCGGGACGCGGCCGGGCAGCAGCGACGCGGCCCGGUAAGGCGCGGCGACAAGCGGCUGCAGGCAGACGGUAA